CCCGGAAGAAAGGAGGAGUUUUGCCGCAGUGUCCACAUGGUGGAGAGUUUUGGUGUUUUUUUUCGGUGUUUUUCUGGUAUGUUUUUUGUGUUUUCCAGGAUUUUAACAGCCGCAGGAGAACCGAUAGAAGCGAAAUGAAACCCGGAGAAGCUCUGUAGCGGCUUAAAGUUAGAAACUUUUAAAGAUGCUGAGUGAUGCUGAAGCUGCAGAACUUCUCUCCUUCCUGACGCCGACGACUCGACGGGACGUCAAAGGACGAGCCACCGAGUACAUCCUGGGACUGUCAGGACACCGUGAUGGCUGCCGCUUCCUUCGCUCUAAACCCGAUGUCGUCUCCGCUCUGCUGGUUCUGACCUCCGACCCGUCCAUCGCCAUCGUCAAGGACUGCUUCCACGUCCUGAUCAACCUGUCGGCCGACGAGACUCUGCACCAGGUUCUGGUGGACGAGGUUAAAGUUCUGCCGGUUCUGCUGAAGAACCUGGUGGAUCCAGACUACGUCUUCUCUGAUCAGAUCUGCACCAUCCUGUCCAACCUGAGCCGCCACGAGAAGACCUGCCGAACCGUGUUCAAGGUUCUCCAGGAGCAGCUCGAUGUGGCUCAGCUGGUGCAGAUCUUCUGCACUGAAGGUUACAAUCAGAGAGCUAAACUCCACUACCUGGGCCCUCUGCUGUCCAACCUGACGCAGCUACCUGAGGCCAGAAACUACCUGCUGGACCCGGACAGGUGUGUAAUUCAGAGGCUGCUGCCCUUCACUCAGUACCAGGCGUCGGUGGUCCGGAGGGGCGGAGUCAUCGGCACCCUGAGGAACUGCUGCUUCGACCACCGGCAUCAUGAGUGGUUGCUAAGCGACGCCGUGGACAUCCUGCCCUUCCUGCUGCUGCCGCUGGCCGGACCAGAGGAGCUGAGCGACGAGGAGAAUGAAGGUCUGCCGGUGGACCUGCAGUAUCUACCAGAGGACAAGAAGAGGGAAGAAGAUCCAGACGUGAGGAAGAUGCUGCUGGAGACCCUGCUGCUGCUGACGGCCACUAAAGCCGGCCGACGGACGCUGAAGGACAAGAACGUCUAUCCCAUCAUGAGGGAGUUCCACCGCUGGGAGAAGGACGUCCACGUUGCUGCGGCCUGCGAGAAGCUGGUCCAGGUUCUGAUCGGAGACGAACCGGAGUCAGGGAUGGAGAACCUGAUGGAGGUGGAGAUACCUGAGGAGGUGGAGGAGAAGCUGAAGGAGGCCGAUGCCAGAGAGCAGGAGGAGCUUCAGAAGAACCAGGAGGAGCUUCAGAAGAACCAGGAUAAAUCAGGGAGGACAGACUGAUGCAGUAAAACUCACAAAGCUCCAAAUCAGAAAUAAAACCGGAGAACGUUGAACCUCUGGACCCCAGAAGCUGCUGCUGGGUUUGAAAGAAAUCACCAGAAAUAUUUGUGAUUUUUAGCUUUUUAUCCGUUUUAUCAGUAAAAUAAGGAAACAAAUCCACUUUAUUCUGCGUCUCAUUGACAGAUGAGCCACAAAUCAACAGGUUCUGUAGAAUAAGUGGACCUGGAUCCAUGCUGAAGAAAAAUGAGCAGAAUCACUUCAGACUGUCAUUAAUGACCUUCAUGAACUUUUGUUUUCUCACAGUUUAAUUAAUAUCCACUGAACGGUCUUUUUUUUCUCUUUUUGAACUCCUGAGCUGAUCUGUAGACAAUGCAGGAGUUCAAAUAAACAUCUGUCAGAAGUUAA